AUUGGCAGGAAGAUUGGCCGGGCCGCGCGCAGAUGAGUGCAGUCCAACCAUGGCAGCCAAACAUGACCAGGACAUUUUCAAAGCGUUUGACGAGGAGACGGACGCGUUCUUCGACUCCUUGAUGAGCGAAGGCCCGGCGGCCGCUCCCGAGCCCACCGCCGCGUUCGAUCCGCCUGCGCGGACAGAGGCCAAGCCAGCGAGUACUGAGGCCAGCAUCGAUCACAAGUUUGACGAAGAGGGCUCCAAAGCAACAAGUACACAGGAGGGCAGUGAGAGUGCUGCUCGGUUUCGAAUCGACAGCGAUGGCUCGGACGAACCUGCAGAAGGCCCACCGAGCGACCUGGCACAGGAGCAUCUUCAGAUGGCUCCUUUGCCUCCGGCAGACUUUUCCUCAGAGGACCGUGCUCUACACGAGGCGCUUGAGGACUUCUACUGGAGAAACAGGGCAACCAAUCUGUCCAACAUCAACAGCAUCGUGGUGAAAUACCGGGGCGCCAACGUGCCUCAUCUGUGGGCGCAGCUCGCGCUCAAGUACAACGUCCCUCCGGUGGAGGGCGUGGAGUUCCUCGGCAGAACCCUCUACCAAAGCGCUCCCUUCGAGUACAGCGGAAAGGAGCUUCGCUUGGAGCUGGAUGAAGCAGUGUCGCAGGUCAGGAAAGAAGCGCUCGCCGAAGGCCUCUCUCCGAGCCGGGCGGAGCUGUUGGGCCGCGCCAUCUCACGUGGUGCCAAGGACGGCCGCGACCACUUGCUCCGAUUGCUCACCUUUCGCGGGUUGCCAGAUGAUGCGAACUUGCGCGCGCAAGUGUGGAAGGUGCUAUUGGGAUAUCUGCCGAUGAAGCGUCACGAUGAGUGGAAUGCUAUUCAGGGCGAAAAGAGAGCUUUGUAUGCCAGUUACAGAAGCGAACUUCUCGCGGUGAACUCCGCGUACGAGGUGUCUGUGAGCAACCGCCCUCAAAGCCCAGGCAGUGAGAUUGAAGAUGAGGAACUGCUGCAAGAAAUCAAGAAUGAUGUGGAAAGAACUCGAAGGGACUUUGAAUACUUCAGAAGACCAUCGACGAAAGCGGCCCUAGUGGCCAUGCUCUUUGUCUAUGCCAAGCUAAAUCCUGGUGUGCGAUAUGUACAAGGCAUGAACGAGAUUGCGGCAGUGCUGCUCUAUGUCAUGUCAGUGGACUUGGAGUGUGCAGAGGCAGAUGCAUUCUGGUGUUUCAGCGAGAUGAUGGUCGCUUUGCACGAGGGCUUUGGUUGUGACGACCGACGUCUUUCUUCGACCGCUUCGGGUUCUGCCUUGCUGGAAAUAAAGGAUGGAUUCAUGCAAGCUCUGGAUCACAGCGGGGAAGGUGUUUACGGCAUGGUGGAUGAGAUCACCCGGCUGCUUCGAAGCUACGAUCCAGUGCUUGCCAGGCACUUGCAGAAGGCCGAGUUGUCGCUCUUUGUCUUCGUGCUUCGCUGGUGUACCGUCCUUUUUGCACAGGAUGCCACACUUCCUGAUGUUCUUCGUUUAUGGGACUCUUUCAUUGCUGACCCAGAAAGAUAUGGGUUUGUGGUUCACACAUGUGUGGCAGUCAUCCUUGGAAAGAGAGACAUGCUGCUGUCCACUGACAAGCAGUUCUCUCUUGCAGAGAUCAUCCAAGCCGGACCGCGCGGCACGGACUUCGACGAGUUGCUGAGACGGGCCAACGCGAUUUGUGCGUUCGAACGAAGAGGUUCUCAGCCGCCGAUCUUUCCUCCCAAAAGGCUCCAGGUUAUGGAUGAUCUCAAUGAAUGGGCCCACACAGCGGCUGUCGCAGCUUCUGAGGCAGCCGCAGUUGCCAGUGGAGUGGGUGCUGAAGUGUCAAAGAAUAUCCAGGAGAAGCUGGCACCUGUGGUCUUGGAGCGCGCCGGACAGGCGUCGGAGGUGGUGCAGGACAAAGCUCAAGCACUGCAAAGCUGGCUGCAUGACACAGCGCCUGCGAGACGAGAGGCUCUGGAGCAAGCGCAGACGCAAUUGUCAUCGUUAUGGAGCUCUGUCCGAACCAAGGGCCAGCAGUUUGCCUCAGAGGCAGCGACUUCUGAAACGGUUGGAAGCGCCGCGGCAAGAUUCAGCUCCGCAGCUGAAUCUGCCAGUGGCUUCUUCGCGCGAGCCUCGAUGGCAUUCGCGGAGGCCCCGCAAGCGCAGCCGCAGCAACGGCCAGCUGGCGACACGUGAAGCCGCCUUUUAGCUCCA